AUGUCUCAAGAAUACGAAGAAGCCCAGGUUGCCGAGGAGGGUCAGAUGGGCGGCCCUGGAGCUCCCACUCCCCUCAGUGCACUGGAGGGAAUCGCUGGGUUGACGAAGCGUGAUAUUCAACUGGUGGUCGAUGGUGGUUUCAACACUGUCGAGGCCGUGGCCUAUACCCCGCGCCGAACGCUGGAACAGAUAAAGGGCAUUUCGGAGCAAAAAGCUACCAAGAUUCUUGCUGAAGCCUCGAAACUUGUUCCCAUGGGAUUCACCACUGCGACAGAAAUGCACCAACGACGAAGCGAGCUCAUCUCCAUUACCACGGGCUCCAAGAACCUCGACACGCUUCUCGCCGGUGGUAUCGAGACCGGCUCCGUGACCGAGCUUUUUGGCGAGUUCCGCACCGGCAAGAGUCAGAUUUGCCACACCCUCGCGGUGACCUGCCAGCUCCCGUUUGACAUGGGCGGCGGUGAGGGCAAGUGCCUCUACAUUGACACCGAGGGCACGUUCCGUCCCGUCCGCCUGCUGGCCACGGCCAACCGCUUCGGCCUCUCCGGCGAGGAAGUGCUCGACAACGUCGCCUACGCGCGCGCCUACAACUCGGACCAUCAGCUGCAGCUGCUGAACCAGGCCGCCACCAUGAUGUGCGAGACGAGAUUCUCCCUUCUCAUCGUGGACAGUGCCACAGCGCUCUACCGCACGGACUUCUGCGGCCGCGGCGAGCUGUCCAACCGUCAGACACAUCUGGCCAAGUUUAUGCGCACCCUGCAGCGUCUUGCGGACGAGUUUGGCGUGGCCGUCGUCAUCACGAACCAGGUCGUGGCGCAGGUGGACGGCGGCCCCAGCGCCAUGUUCAACCCUGAUCCCAAGAAGCCCAUUGGUGGCAACAUUAUUGCGCACGCCAGCACCACGAGAAUUAGCUUGAAAAAGGGCCGUGGAGAGACGCGUAUUGCCAAGAUUUACGAUAGUCCCUGCUUGCCGGAGAGCGACACCUUGUUUGCCAUUGGUGAGGAUGGUAUCGGCGACCCGGCGCCUAAGGAUAUGGAGAAGGACUAA